AUCAAAUGACAGAAAUGAAAAUACGACAGAUACAACAGCAAACAUAUACACACAAACAAUACUCGACAACACUGAAGCUCGACUUCGAUUUUUACCAUCACUUUCAUACUUGCAUUGAGCACACACACAAGCACAUAAAUACGAAAAUUGCGGGCAACUAUAUAGCCAACAGACUCUUCAGCGAGAUUAACCAUCAUUAAUCCAACUAGACGAAAUGCCAGUGACAGAGAUGCCGGAGAAUAGCAGCGACAGCGCUGAUGCUGUGGUGGUCGACAUUGAGGGCAAUGACUGUAAAUCGAAUGCAAAUGCCAAGAACAUUGGCUGGAACGUCAAGAAGCCAGAGCAGCCGAGCAACUUGAGUCCACCCAAGUUUUUGGCAGAUGUUCAAGAGAGUCACAAACACAUCACCGAUCGGUUUGUUGAGCUGCUUAGUCUCUUCGAGAAUUACUCAAGGAUCAUGGCGAACGAACAGAUGCCUUACAAACCACAGUCCAAGCUCAAGCGAACACAAUCUGAAAAGUUUACAAAGGAACACACGCAACUAGAGCGUAAUAGCAGCGAGCUUUUGCGCGCCACUGUGAGUCUCAAUCGCAUGCAGCUUUCAAAUAGCACACUGCUGGCGACACCCUGUAAAGUGACCCGGGAAUCGGCUUGCCAGACUUCCAGUCAUGAGGUCAGUCAUGAGAAGGACGACAAGAGACAAUUGCUAAUGGCUUUGGAAAAAUCUGGGAAAAUAAUGCAAGACAGGCGGAGUGAGAAUCUUAUGACGAGUGCCCCUUAUCAACAUACCCUACACAUUGAGGUUGAAUCGGUUAGUUCAGCAACGGCGCUGCAGCGUGCCCCAUUGCGGCAGCGAAUGUGGCAAGUUGCGGUCGAGGCCUGGCGAUCUUUGGUUGCGUGUUUUGCUAUGAUGGGCGAGAAUUUCACCUAUGUGCUCUUCGUAGUCUUGUGUCUGUGGUGUCUAUAUCUGAUCAUAUCCCAUUACUAUAGCUUCUUGGGCUCAAGUUUAUCACCCCGAGGCGAUGCAACGAGCACUUUGGCUCGCGUACGGGGGAAGCCAAUAUGAAUUCAUGUCUGAUAUAUUCUAAUGUAUUAAAAACUAUAUUAGAUUGCCUAAAUGAGAUUU